AUGCUUAAAAGAUUUUCACGACAUUCAACUCCACAUACAAAUAAACCUAUAUUAACAGAUUCUUAUUGGCAAUGGUAUAUCGAUAGUUAUCCAGUAAAUGAUAAAGAAACAAUUAAUAAACAUACUCCAUAUUUACAAAUUAAAUUCAAUGAAAGAUCUCAUGAAGUCUUAACAUUACAAAAAUAUUUUGAAAUUUUAAAUUUAUCAAUUCCAUCUGCUUUACAAUGUAUUGCAAUUUUAAAAUCACCAUUCACGCAAGGUAAUUUAGAUAAAUCAUUUUAUCUUAUAAGAAUGUUUCAAUUGAGUUUUGAAGGUUUAUUUUUAACAAAUUUGACAUUUGAUAAAUUUAAUAAAUCCAUAAAAUUAAUAGGUGCUGAAAAUUGGGAUAAUGUAAUGUGUUAUAUGGAUGCUUUAUUAUUUGCAAUGUUUGCAAAAUUAGAAAGUUUUGAACCAAUAUUAUUUAUUCCGAAUCAUUCAGAAUAUUUAAUAAAUCAAUUACUGGCAUUAUUAAGAGUUUAUGUUAGUUUAUUAAGAUCAGGAAAUUUACUAACUACUGAUCUAACUAUAAAAAUCUGUGAAGCAUUAAUGAAAUUAGGUUUUGAUGAAGCUUUAAGUCAUAAACAACAAGAUUCUGCAACUUUAUUUGAAUUUUUAACUGAAACUUUAAAUAUGCCAUUAUUAACGUUCAAAGUUGAUAUAAAACAUGGUGGUAAAGCAAAUAAACAAGAUGAUGAAAAAUUUGCUAAAGAAAGAAUAUUAUUUGUAAGUAUUCCAGAUGAAGAAGAAUUGGAAAAUGUUGUAUCUGAAAAAGAUGCGAUAGGUCCUCAAGUUUUACAAGUUGAAAAUGAUCCUGAAGAAUCAAUAUUGUUGGAAGAAUGUUUAGAACAUUAUUUUAAUAAUUCAAUUAGUGUGAAAAGAGAAUUAGAAAGGAGAGCCACAUUAUCAAAAGUAAAUACAACCAAUGCAACUGCAAUUCCUGAAGAUUCAAGUGUAAUCGAAGUAAAGACUGAUACUUCAAAACCUGAAAUUCAACAAAUAGAGCAUAUAGAUGAGAAGCAUCCAAUCACAACAAGAACUCGAACCACUUCUACUUUAUCAAUAUGGUCAAUAAAUGAUAGUAAUACAAAUAGUAACACUGGUAAAGAAGUAAAUUUACCUGCAUGGAUGUUUCUUAGAUUAUUACCAUUUUAUACUGACGAUAAUAUUAUGUCAGAAUCAGAAUCUAUAGCAAAAACAAGUAAAGAAUUUGCAAAUAGAAGACCAAUACUACCCAUAUGUCUUAAAAGAUAUCAAUUUAAUACUGGUGAUUCUUCUGGUUCAAGAUCACAAAAAAGAAUUAUAAUUCCACCUUUUAUAGAUUUACCUCAAUUUGUAGUUGAUGAUGUUGAUGAGAAAAAUUAUUCAUUUAGAUUAAUACUUGAAAGUGCUGUUUGUCAUAGAGGGAAUUCCAUACAAUCAGGACAUUUCAUAUCGGUGGUAAGAAAAGAUACAAAUAGAAUUAAUGAAACUGAAGAAGAAGCAAAUAUGUCUACUUGGUUUUUAUAUGACGAUAUGAAAAAGACAGGUAAUAAAGUAGUUGAAAAAAAUUUUAAAGAAAUUUUUAAUAAAGAAUGGCCAUAUAUGUUAUUUUAUAGAUUAGUUGCAACAAGUGACGUUAGUGCAAAUUCAAGUGUUAAAAGUGUAAUCAAUCCACCACAUGGUUCAAAACCACAAUAUUGGAAUGAAGAAACAAUAGUUGAAGAAUCUGUUCCAGUUGAAUUAAGUAUUCCCAUUGAUGAAAUUUCACCUGAAGAUUCAGGAUAUAUUGAUAUACGAAAUAAAUAUUAUUGGUAUUUCACAGAUGAAGAUAAAAAUUAUUAUAAAGAAGAGCCAACUAUUACAAAAGAUGGCCAACUGAGUAUUUGUAAUAGUCCACAAUUUAGAAGAAACUCACAAAUUAGUAAUAAUUCAAAUAUAAGUCAAGUCAUUCUUGAUAAAAAAUUGAAUAAAUCGAUUGAGAAAUUAGAUUUGAAGAAUUCAUCAAUUUCAACUAAAGAUUCAAAUGAAAAUGAUUCAUUAUGGAAAAAGGCAAUUAAAAGAACAACUUCACCAAGUAUUAAAGUGGAUCUGAGUGAAUCAAUUGGUGAAUUACAUAGAAAUAUAUCACCAAUACAUCCAGAAGAAGUAUAUAAAUCUUCAUUCCCACAUACAUUAAGAAAUUUAGAAGAUCAUCAAAAGAAACAUAAUCAUCAUAUAUUUCAUAAAACUAAUAAAAAAUCAAAAAAAGAUGCAUACAAAAAAGAAAAAUGUAUAAUUCAAUAG